AUGGGGGCGUACGAUGCGCUGGCGGUGGCGCAAAGUGCUCAGCUGUACCUAUUGGUGGGAAUUCUAGGUUGUAUUGUGUACCUAGUCUUGGUGCUUUCAUUUUUUCUUGUGCCAAAUAUCAAGGCACAGCAUCCAGCUGCCAAUCUCGUAGUUUGGCACGCGGGUUGUGGACUAUUGAUGUCUGCUGGUUUCGUCUUUGCUUAUGUGCUGCAGUGGCGAGAUGAUGAACUUCAGGAUGAAAUUCUAAUUCAGUGGCAGUGCUCACUAUUGGGACCUUUGAAUCAAUUUUUUCUUUUGGCCGGCGCCUGUUGGUAUCUCAUGCUUUCGCUUGACCUGCUCGUUGCGCUUGUGAAUCCAUGGAUGGGCUACAGCUGCAAGUCAUGGACCUACCAUAUCAUAGUAUGGAGUGUUAGCGCCGUGUCGGCUUUGUUGCUGCACCAAUUGAAACUUUUUGGUCUCUCACCACUUAAUGUCUGCUGGGUCAAGCGCACUAAAGAUCCAAUGCAGCUCAAUGUAGCCAACUGGAUUUUUCUCUUUGUUAUUAUAGGGGCCAUCUGCGUACUUUCAUUUGCGGUGCUAUUGUUUGCAAGCUUUCGCUUUGUGAGACGCCAAUUGGAUGUCACAUAUCGCGCCAAGCGCCGCAAUUUAAUCCAGUACUAUCGCUAUUUACUAAUUUUCGCCGGUCAUUGGACAGCAUGUGCCGCGCUAUACUACGCAGCAUAUCGCCAACAUUUUGACGGUAAAAUGGCGAAGCACUUCGAACUCGCGUUUGCGCUGGUGUUUGGAUCGUACCCAGUGUUACUACUUGUCGUGUGGGUGCUUAAUACGGAGUUGUACCAAAAUUUUUCCAGUGAAAAUAGCCUGUCAAUAUCGGAGCGAGGAAUGGGAGACGCGUCAAGUACAGAACACUUCAGUGCUGCACUUCGUAAGGAUUUAAUGCGGUACACGACUGCGGGAAUUCGCUGUAGCAUUACUGAGUCGCCUGUCGAUAGUCUACGAUCGCCGUUAUUAAGUCUGACUCGUGAUCGCUUUGGUUCACUUGAUCGUACAGCAGCUCUGUCAUUUUUACAACUGGAAGAAGGUGAUUCUGCUGGUCUUUACCACGAAAAGAAACGCUUAGCGACCACAGUGUACAAUGGUGAGUAUCGGUAUUACGAGAAGCUGGGCUUUACCGACUAUGCACCUAAAGUAUUUCAGAAUAUACGAGAAAUUUGCGGCAUUGACAACGACAUGUAUGAGCAAUCGUUCGCUGAUACUCUUCUCGAGCGUGCAUCUGAGGGUAAAUCGGGAAUGCUGUUUUAUUUCACAAGUGAUCGCAAGUAUCUGGUAAAGACUAUGACAAAGAGAGAGCAUUCUUUUUUGCUUGAAGUACUUCCACUAUUCCAUCAGUACCUCUUAAAACAGCCGAAUUCGCUUUUGUGCCGCUUUCUUGGUUGUCAUUCGAUGCAACUCCCUGUUGGCUGGAACAAAAUGUUUUUUGUCGUCAUGGAAAACAUUUUUCCAGAUGGUCCUGUUGACGAGCGUUAUGACCUUAAAGGUAUUUUCCACCAGUCCAGCUUGAAUUACCAAGAAGGCGUCCCAACCCCAAUAUCGAGCAGCUGGAGUCGAAGUGGCAAAGAAGACGAAGAAGUAAUGCGACACGGUCUGGAUGAAGAUGUGUCAAGUGAGAGCCUUAGUGUCGAUAGUGAAUGGGGACAAUUUACAGAAAAGCAACCGCUGCUACGUCGUGGUAGUUCCCGUCCUUCGCUUCGAUAUGAUAGCGACUUUGUGAUUCGCCGUGCCUCGCUACGUGUAAGUCCAACGACUCGAGCAAACUUACUCGCACAGGUUACAAGCGAUUGUGGAUUUCUCCAGGAGUUAGGAAUCAUGGAUUAUAGCUGCCUGCUCGGUAUUCGCCAUUACCAUCGUCGCAUUGAACCAGAGAUUCUGGAGAAUUUAGCACACAAUGCUGUCGUUUCAGCCAGUCAGUCCACCGUCUACUAUCUCGGAUUUGUAGACAUCUUGCAGCACUACAAUAUUGGAUGGAAAAUGCAACAUUGCUGUCUGGCAACAAUAGUUGACAAGCGGCAGCUAACUGCACUUCCACCUGCAGAGUACGCUCUUCGAUUUUUAAAUUUUAUUCACGAGUAUCUACUUCGAGAUCCAGAUGGAUUGCAUGUUCGCUCAUACGGAAGCAUUGGAGUCUCGCCUUUAAGUUUUGUACGUCAAUAA